AUGGACUUCGUUUUAUCUGGUGAUACUAUAGUCAUCCGUGACCGUGCCCAGGACGGCCCUCCCUCGGCACGUACAGUAAUUUUGUCAAAUAUCAGCUCCCCGAAGGUGGCCAAGAGGCUCAACCCCUCUGGAGAGCCUACCUCUGACGAACCCUUUGGUUGGAUAGCGCGUGAAUUUGUGCGUUCGAAAGUAGUUGGAAAGGAGGUGUGCUACACUGUCGAGAAUCAGAUUGGUUCCGAUCGCGUGUAUGGAUCUGUGUUCCUGGGAAGGGAUUCCGGUGCUCAAAACCUUACUCACCUCCUUGUGAGUGAGGGUUUGGCUCAGGUGCGACGCAACGUGAGUCAGGCUAUGAUCGAAAAGAGUCCAACUUUGCAAGCACUCAUUGGGCUAGAGGAGAAAGCCAGGGCCGAUCGAAAGGGGUUUUGGUCUGGCUCCGAGGUUGGCGCGCCGCGUAACAUCUGCUGGAAUAUUUUGGACCCAACGAACUUUUUUAACCUCCAUGUUGGGAAGCCCCUUCACGGCGUUGUUGAGUUUGUUCGUGAGGGUAACACGAUGCAGAUUCAGCUCUUCCCAGUUGAUGAGGACGUCACUCAAACCUAUUACAACAUCACGGUGCUCCUCUCAGGUAUCAAGACUCCGGGCUCAAAGGUGGUUGAGGGUUCUCGUGUUUACGAUCCCUUUGCUCUUGAUGCGCAAUUCUUUGUGGAGUCGCGUCUUCUCCAACGCGAUGUCACUGUCAUCCUAGAAAGCAUGAGCAACAGCUUAUUCGUAGGCAGUGUUCUCCAUCCAAAUGGCAAUAUUGCCCUCUUUCUGCUGCGUGAAGGAUUGGCGCGGUGCUUGGAGUGGAACCUGGCAGUUGUGAGUCUGGAGGCUGGUGGAGCUGAAGCCUAUCGCAGUGCUGAACAAAAGGCUAAACAAAAAAGCCUUCGCAUUUGGGAAGAUUACGUUCCACCAGCUGGUGAAUUUGCAGAUGCCUCGGAAGGAGCCGCAAAGACUGAGAAGAAAGCGCCAUACAUGCAGGCCGACUACACGGGUGUGGUGGUCGAAGUAGGCAAUGGAGAUAAUGUUCUUGUGCGCUGUCAAGACAGCAUAGUUCGAAAAUUCUUUCUCUCCAGUGUACGACCACCCCGUGAAGUUCCGGAGAUGAGCAGACCACAACAGACCGUUCCUCGUCCGCUUUAUCAAGUGCCUUAUCUAUAUGAGGCUCGGGAGUUUCUGCGUAAGCGUUUGAUAGGAAAGCAGGUUAGGGUGCAGAUCGACUACGUACAGUUAAAACCACAGGGAAGCACACUGGCUGAUCGUGUGUGCGCCACAAUCCUGGUGGGUGAAAAUAAUAUCGCUGAAGCCCUUGUGCAACGUGGUCUUGGGUCGGUGGUCCGCUAUCGCAAUGCGACAGACUCUCGAUCCCGGCACUACGAUGCUCUCAGGGCGGCGGAGGCUGCAGCCCAGAAAAAAGGUGUUGGUAUCUUCGAUCCCAAGGACGUACCCGUUCAUCGGCUCUCAGAGCUUGGAGGCAAGUUUUUUGCUUCUUUGCAUUGCAAUGUGGCGAAAUCUCGACAAUUUCUUUACUCUCUUCAACGUGCUGGGGCUGUAGAUGCCCUCGUUGAGUUUGUCGCAUCGGCGUCUCGUCUGCGGGUAGAAAUUCAUCGGGAGAACCUACUUUGUGCUAUUCUUGCUGCUGGAGUCAUUUGUCCCCGACCCUCUAGGAAAUUGCCUAAUCAGCCCGAAGAAGCCAGUGAGCCUUUUGGUGACGAAGCCCGUGAAUAUACUCAUGAUUUAGUCAUGCAACGUGAGGUCAAAUUUGAGGUCGAUGGAAUGGACCGUUUGGGUAAUUUGAUUGGCUGGAUUACCCUGCCCUCCGAAGUGAGGGUCACUGCGACAGGUGCUAGAAAGGGGAAGAAGGGAGGGCCUUUCAUAUCCAGCAAAGAUUUGAGUGCAGUCCUGGUUGCCCGCGGCUAUGCAACUGUGAACCGAGCGCCGAAUGUUCAGCGCUCUAGUCACUUCGCCUCACUCCUGAGAGCUGAGUCAUUCGCGCAGGAGCACAAUCUCGGUCUGUGGUCUUCGCCAGAGUUUCGUGCCUCUUGGAAUGCUGAUGUGAAUGUUGUUGAAGGUGAUGGCCAAGAUUGUUCUGACGCUUCGAAAUCAAUGAAUGGCUUGCUGUUUGUCAGAGAUCUCCAGAAUGCGCACCUUGAUGCCGAGAUUAUCAGAAAAUCGACAUCGGAUCGACUUAAAUCAGCUAAUCUUGCACAAGUGACUACCAUAAGCAACCCGGCAGCGGGAAACAAUGGUUUCCGGUUCUUUGUUCAUCUAAACAGUCGAACGGCUCUAGUAAACACCAUAAACCGGGAGUUAAAUUCACCCAACUUUCCUUCUGUGGAGUCUUCCACAGACUUCCAGCCAAAGCGGGGUAUGGUCUGUGCAGCUCGGUUCUCCAUCGACAAUCUCUGGUAUCGAGCCCGCAUUCUUCGUGUGAUUCAAAAGAUUGUGACUGUUCUCUUCAUUGAUUUUGGAAAUGAGGAGGCCAUUGAUACCAGUGUCGGUAGUGCUCCAAGACUCGCAGCUCUGCCGAGAAAUCUUGCAAGUCAAGAUCCUCUGGCGACUGAAUACCGGCUGGCAUACGUUCAGCUUCCUCCAGACCCCGAUGAUCGCGAGGCUGCUUUAGACUAUCUUGCUCGCGAAAUAGGAGACCAGGAUAUUCGCGUGAGUCCUGUUCCAGGUCCACCGACACCUUGUGGAAAAGACGACAAUCGCCCCAUCCAGAGUGCCGUUGUCUACGUGACUCGGAAACAAGUGGCUGAGUCCUCGAGUUCGACUCAGUCAACACCGGAAUUUGUUGAUGUGGGUGAACAGCUGUUGCGUGAUGGCCUGGCUUACAUGGAGAAUGUUCGUAUGCCUCCGGACAUAUGUGUCCACUACUCGGAGGCACAAAAGGCGGCAAUGGGUACCCGCGCGAACAUAUGGCGCUAUGGCGAUUUUCGCGAUGACGACAUGGAUUAG